AGUACUAAAAUUAAAAUUAAGUUUUACUAACUUGAAAGGACAGCACUAUGUUUGAGUUUGAUAUAUGGAAUCAUGGUAAUUGGUAGUAAUUCAUAUUCAAUUCAUUCAUUCAUUCAUUGAUUCUUUGAUUCAUUGAUUCUCUCUCUCAAUCACUCACUCAUUCACUUGCUCUCUAUGCAGUUUACUACACUAACUGACACUGUAGUACACAUGCACACAAAGCCAACUGGCAAAUAUUGAUUUCAUUCGCAUAAAGAUAAAAUAAGAAGGCGAAAGGAGUGACUAAAGGGACAAGCAGUUUACAACUUUUUGCUUCUUUAUGUUUAAUCAAUUAUUUUAUAACUUGUUCAUCUUCUUCUACUUAUAUACUCUCAACAAAACACACUAACAAGCAUAUAAGAGAGAAACAAAGAAACUCUACUCUUAUAGGUCCUUUACCACUCUACAAACACUACUCAUUCAUCUCACCUUACCAAAAGCUAUAUAAGACUUUCAUAAUCUUAGUGUUAAAAUGGAUAUGUCAAAUUAUUCGCAAUACAAUAGUGAAAGCGAAUCGGGUUGGACUAAUUACUUGAACCAUUCCUCUUUUUCUGCAAAGCAUUUCAAUAGCAGGAGUGUGGAUUAUGAAGAUUACCAAGGAAAAGGAGUAACAAUGGAAGAACAGGAUGAGGAAGAAGAUUUAUCCAUGGUUUCUGAUGCUUCUUCUGGACCUCCACACUAUCAUGUAGAGGAAGAUUAUCAACAAAACUACUGUGUAAAUUGGAAUCAUUCUUCAAGUUCUAAAGAAUCCAAAAAGAAGGUCAAUGAUUAUGGUAGAAAAAGUCAACAAUCUUCACCUCUUGAUGAUACUGCUAGCUCUCAUGUUCUUAACUAUCCCAAGAAGAAAAUCAGUUUCUCUGUGAAUGGAGCAGUGGAGAAUAAUAAUAAUACAAUUGAUUUUUCCCCUUGUUUCUCUGCAACAAGAACAAAGUUUUUGCAGAGAAAGACUAAAUUCCAGAAGCGUUCUCUUGGUGGAAAACAAGCUUCAGAGGAACCAGGUGGUUUUAAUGAAGAAAGGAAAUAAAAAUUGUAGCUUUCUCUUGAGAGAUGUGAAAGGAGAUGCAAGGUGUUAUGAGACAAGGGAUGUAAAAAUAAAGAAGGAAUAGUUGUUUUGAUGUAAUUUUUGUUGUUUUUUAUCAUGUUGGUGUCCCACUGCCAAUGCAGUUUGGAACAACCUAAGAACAAACUUUCUUAUUUCCCUUCAAAUUCUUCCUA